GGCCCCGCUCGGCGCCUUCCGCACCCCAAAUUCCGGGGGGAGGAGGAGGAGGAGGCCGGGGGGGGCCGAGGCCGCCGGAGCCGCUCCGGGACUGCCGCGUUUCUCCGGCCUGGUUCCGCUGCCCUUCCCCUCUCGUUCCCGUUCCCGUUCCCGUUCCCGUUCCCGUUCCCGCUGCCCUUCCCCUCCCGUUCCCACUCCCGCUCACAUUCCGCCUCUCCCGCUCUCCCAGGACCCCGCCGCGGCCAUUUGAGGGAGUCGGUGGCGGAAGGAGACCAGGAAAAGGCUGGGAAGAGGCCGGGACAGAGCGCUCGAGGAGGCCGGGAAGGGGCCCCGGGGCCGCGAUGUCCGCGGGGGGCGCGCCGCAGCCUGCCCACCCCCUGGAUCUGCUCCCGUAUUCCCGGCUGAGCCCGGCGCCGAGGGCCGGAUCCCAGCUGGAUGCUGUCGGUACUGAGAUCCCAUCGGAUCCCUGCACAGGGUACCGGUUCUUUAAGCCGGGGGGUUUGUUUGGGAUGAAGCCCCCGGAGGAGCCGUUCGGAGCCACACGGACGGGCCCGGAGGAUUCCAAGGCCCUGGGCAGCCCCUGUGCUGUGGAGCCCGGGCGGGUGAGCAAGGUGGAACCCGAGGAGAAGCCCGGGAUUGGCGCCGGCUCCCUGGAGCUGUUUCCGGCCGCGGGCGGCAGCUCCGGCCGCUGGUUCCCCGGUGGGCAGCGCGGCCCCGAGCCCCCCCGGGACCCCCCGGCCCCCCGUGCCGGCUGCUGGGGGGCCCAGGGGGGCGUCCCCGGCCCCUUCCGCUGCGCCCAGUGCGGGAAGGGCUUCCGGCAGAAGCAGAGCCUGGUGACGCACGAGCGCAUCCACACUGGGGAGAAGCCGUUCCGCUGCGGGGACUGCGGGAAGAGCUUCAGCCAGCGGCCCAACCUGCUGACGCACCGGCGCGUGCACACGGGCGAGCGGCCCUUCCCCUGCGCCCAGUGCGGCAAGAGCUUCUCGCAGAAGGCCAACCUGCUGGCGCACCAGCGCAUCCACGGCGCCCACCCCGAGGAGGGCAAGGCGCGGGCGCGGGCGCCGGCGCGGGGCUGCCCCGAGGACGCGCCCUUCGUGUGCCCCGAGUGCGGGAAGAGCUUCCGGCAGAAGCCCAACCUCAUCACGCACCGGCGCAUCCACACGGGCGAGCGGCCCUUCUCCUGCUUCCUGUGCGGCCGCAGCUUCAACCAGAAAACCAACCUGGUGACGCACUACCGGGUGCACACAGGUGAGCGGCCCUUCGCCUGCGCCCAGUGCGGCAAGCGCUUCACCCAGAAAACCAACCUGGUCACGCACCAGAGCACCCACACCGACCUGCGCCCCUUCCCCUGCGCCCAGUGCCACAAGUGCUUCAAGGACAAGGUGUCCCUCAAGGCCCACCAGAAGACGCACAUCCCCCGCCAGCGCCGCUGCCCCGCGCGCGGCCCGGCCCCCGCCGCGCCCUUCGGGGCCGCGCCCGCCCUGCUGCCCCCCGCGCCCGCCCCGCAGGACCCCGCCCCGUUUGCCCCGGUCCCGCCCGCCCCGAAGCUCCCCGAGGGCGCCGAGCUGUUCCCGUGCCCCGACAAAGGGUUCCCCCCCCCGCCCCCGGGUGAGCCCCCCUUCCCCUGCUCCCACUGCGGCGACGGCUUCUGCCCCAAGGUGCCCCUGCUGCGGCCCCCCGAGGCGCCCUCCGCUCCCUUUGCCCCCGGCCCUCCCCUACUGGGGCCCCUGGGGGCGCAGCCGGGGCCGGGGGAUGCCUCGGCCCCACCCCCGGAGAAGCCCUUCAUCUGCAACCAGUGUGGGAACAGCUUCGGGCUCUGGCUCGCCCUCGUCGCCCACCAGAAGAGCCACGCUGGGCACAAGCCGUGCCCCGGUGCCCCCCCCGCGGAGCCGGGCGCCGAGCAGCCCCCCGGCUCGCCUCCGGCGCGGGCGGGCGAGAGCCGGCCCUGGCCGUGCCCCGAGUGCGGGCGGGGCCUGGCGCAGUGCGAGCGGCUGCCGCGGCACGGGCACAGCCCCGGCGGGCGCGGCCCCUUCCGCUGCGACACCUGCGGCAAGCGCUUCAGCCUCAAAACCAACCUGGCCACCCACCAGCGCAUCCACACAGGUGAGCGGCCUUUCACCUGCGGCAUCUGCGGCCGCCGCUUCAACCAGAAGGGCAACCUGGUGACGCACUACCGGGUGCACACGGGCGAGCGCCCCUUCGCCUGCGCCCAGUGCGGGAAGCGCUUCGCGCAGAAGCCCAACCUGCUGGCACACCAGAAGACGCACCUGGGCCGCCAGCCCUUCACCUGCCUCGAGUGCCCCAAGCGCUUCAAGAGCAAACUGUCCCUGCGGGUGCACCAGCGGGUGCACACCGGGACCUCCGGCGCGGCCCCCGGCGCCCUGGACCCCGCCGGGAGCCCCUUCCCCUGCGCGCUCUGCGGGGAGGCCUGUGCGGAGCACGGGGGGCUCCGGCCGGGCCACGGCGGCGCCGAGCGGCCGCACGCCUGUGCCGAGCAGCUGCACACCUGUGCCAAGUGUCCCUGCGCCGAGCGUCCCCACGCUUGUGCCGAGCGUCCCCACGGCUGCGCCGAGCGGCUCCACACCUGCGCCGAGCAGCGCCGCGCCUGUGCGGAGCAUCCUCAUCCCUGCGCGGAGCAUCCUCACACCUGUGAGCGACCCCACGGCUGCGGGCAGCCGCAGCCCUGCGCCGAGCGGCCGCACCCCUGCGCUGAGUGUCCCCACCCCUGCGAGCAGCCCCAUGCCUGCACCAAGCGGCCCCACGCCUGUGAGCAGCCCCACGCCUGCACCGAGUGUCCCCACGCGUGCGCCGAGAAUCCUCACGCCUGUGCCGAGCACCCCCACCCUUGCGAGCGGCCCCACCCCUGUGAGCGGCCCCACGCUUGCGAGCAGCCCCACACCUGCAGCGAGCAGCCCCACACGUGCGCCGAGUGUCCCCACGCGUGCGCCGACUGUCCCCACGGCUGUGCCGAGCGGCCCCACACCUGCACCGAGUGCGGGAAGCGGUUCCGGCAGAAGGUGAACCUGGCCGUGCACCUGAGGACGCACACCGGGGAGCGGCCGUUCCGCUGCGCCGACUGCGGCAAGGGCUUCAGCCAGAAGGCUCACCUGCUGCGGCACCGCCGCACCCACGGCGCCGGCCUGGCCGCGCCCUGCGCCCCCGGGGACCCGCUGGCCAAGGGCCCCGAGCCCCCCGCGCUGCUGCUGCCGCCCUGCUCCCGCGGGGCCCCCCCGGCGCGCCCCGACAGCCCCUCGGGCGCCGCCGACAUCCUCCUGCAGCUGAUGCAGGAGGAGCCCCCCCCCGGCCCCGGUGCCGCCCCGGCCCCGGUGCCCCCCUGUAAGUGCCCCGGAGGGGGCCCGAGCCCCCGGGCGCCGGGGCUGCCCCCCCCGUGCUGCUGCGCCGCCUGCCUGGCCCCCCGCCCUCCCGAGCCCCCCCGCGGGCAGCUCUGGGCCAAGGCCGGCGGCUGCGCCCGGGCCUUCGAGGAGAAGCGAGUGCCGGGAGCGCCGGAGCGGGAGUGCGGCGAGGAGAAACCGGCCCCGUGCCCCGGCUGCCUGUGACCCCCCCGCGGGGACCUGCGCUGAGACCCCCGCACCAGGACCCCCACCCUGACCCCCACGUUGGAGCCCCCCUUCCCCCCCCCAGCAAGGGCCGGCCCUCGGCUCCUGCGCUCGGCCACGGUGAACCUGGAGAGGAUGGAACCGAGGGGACGGGAGCAAAGGGAUGGAGCCAAGGGGUUGGUGCCAAGGUGGCACUGCCAGCCCGAUUUAGCGCUGGGACUCGAAGGAGCCUCCAGCAGGGGCAAAGCGGAGCCAGGCUGGGACAUGGCACAUUGCUGGCUCGGGAAGACGUCGAAGGGCUGGAGGGGACGGCGCUGGACACGGAUUCGCGGUGUUGGCUCCAGCCCAGGAACUGCUGGAUGCGGUGGAGUUGCAGCCGCUGCAGCCAGACUUGGGACAAGAGGGUCUCUCAAAGGCUCCCUCUGCUUCCAGAACCUUCCGCCCUGUUCCGGGCUGGAUGGAUUCCCUAAGGACACGGUUGGGGUGGGAGUGGGGGUGCUGGUGCUGGUGCGGGCUGGGAUCCCCAGUGCAGCUCCGUAUGGAGGAGUUGGGAACACGCUGGGAAAACAGCUGGGAAAAGAGCCCCGAAGGGCUCGGCUCUGCUUCCAGAAGGGCCCCGGAGACGCCUCCGGUGCCGGGGGGGAUGGGGGGCAGCUUGUGCUUCUGCUUGCUCUGGAUAACUGCGCGCUUUGGGACUCAAUAUUCCGGAUUUGGGAUGGGUGGUGCCGGGGUGGCCGCUGGAGCCGCAGUUGGAGUUGUGGUGGUGGGAGGGCCUGUGGGAAGUCCAGUGGCAUACACGGGGUGCUCUGCUGGGAUUUGCGUGGUGUCUCCGUGUCCCCCUGGUGUGACAGAGCUGAGGAUCCGCGGCAGAGCUUCGGCCACAGACAAGGCUGGGAGCUGCCAUUGCUUCAUCCCAGGGACUCAGAUCCUCUGAUGGGACCGACACCCGGACAGCCACCCCGGAGCCCCGGCUGGGCAGGGGGUCCCACUCCUGCCCCCCUCCCCCAGCUCUGCUCUCUGCAAUUCUAUUUUUUGAGGUUAUUUAAAAUAAAAGCUUCUGAUGGC